AUGGCCCCCGUCGACAUCCCCAAGCAGGCCAAAGCCGUCCAGAUAGACGAGGUCGGCGGCGUCGAAGUCCUUCGGUAUCGUGACGUCCCCGUGCCCACGCCGGCAGCAGGCCAGGUCCUCGUGCGCAACGAGUACAGCGGCGUCAACUUCAUAGACACCUACAUCCGCUCAGGCCUGUACCCGUCCCCGAGCUUCCCGUUGACGCUGGGUCGCGAGGGGGCAGGCGUGGUGGUGCGGUCGGACGGUUCCGACGGCGCUCCCGCCCCGGGCACCCGCGUGGCCUACGUGCACCAUCAGGCGUACGCCGAGUACACCGUCGUCCCGGCCGACCGCGUCGUCGAGAUCCCCGACGGCCUGUCCACCGACAAGGCCGCCGCCGUCCUCCUUCAGGGCCUGACGGCUUGGACCUUCGUGCGUGAGGCCGCCGCCGUCCAGGCGGGCCAGUGGGUCCUCGUCCCCGCCGCCGCCGGCGGAGUCGGCCUCCUCCUCUGCCAGAUGCUCAGGCAUGUGGGCGCCAAGGUCAUCGGCACCGCCAGCACCGACGAGAAGCUCGAACUCGCCAGGAAGCAUGGCGCCCAGUGGACCGUCGACAGCAACGCCGACGUCGUCGCCGAGGUGGCCCGUAUCACCGGCGGUCACGGCGUCGACACCAUCUUUGACGGCGUCGGCAAGGAUACCUUUGAUGCCGACCUAGAAAUCAUUGCCCACAAGGGAACUCUCAUCUCUUUCGGAAAUGCGUCUGGCCCUGUACCCCCCCUCAGCAUCUCCAGACUCACAGAUAAGAAUGUCAAGCUCAUGCGUCCGGCCCUGAACGGAUAUAUCAGAACGAGGGAGGAGCUGGUCAAGUAUACCAGCGAGCUCCUCGACCUCGUGGCCACAGGCAAGCUGGUCAUCAACAUCUACAAGGUCUACCCUCUCAGGGAUGCCGCCCAGGCCCAGGAGGACAUUGCCGCUCGCAAGACGACCGGAAAGCUCCUCCUCAAGACUAGUGACUAG